AUGUCGUGCCCUGAGAAGUGCCAGCAGUGCCAGCCCUGCAACCCCUGCUGCCAGCCCUGCGGCCCGACCCCGCUGGCCAACAGCUGCAAUGAGUGCUGUGUCAGGCAGUGCCAGAGCUCCACCGUCGUCAUUGAGCCACCGGCUGUGCUGGUGACCCUGCCCGGGCCCAUCCUCAGCUCCUUCCCACAGAACACCGUGGUGGGAUCCUCCACCUCCGCUGCCGUUGGCAGCAUCCUCAGCUGUGAUGGAGUGCCCAUCAACUCCGGGGGCUUUGACCUCUCCUGCAUCACCAGCUGCUACCGUGGCAGAUGUCCCCCCUGCUAAAGACACCACUGACAGACCAGAACAGAAGGACAGAAGAUGAUUCCAGACUGAACAACAGAGGUAGUGGCCAUUGCUUUCAGAGGGGCUGAGGAUGUCUCUGUGCUCCAAUGUGUGUCAACCCUUUGGAUGUGAUCAGCCUGUAUGCUCUGAAACUGUGGUCUGUGCCUAUCAUUUCCUUCUACUGCUUUCUUCUUUCCCACCUUUCUUUUGUUAUUUUCUGCUUCCCUCAUUCUUGGUGCCCACCAAAAGCAUCUUAGAGCAGACCUGACCCAUUCGCUCUCUGUGGGGCUCUGAUUCUUGUUUGCCUAUGGUGACCCUUCCACUGUUGCCUCCUCUCAGUCACAUCUGGUUUCUCCCUUUAGACUCAAUAAAC